AUGUCCUCUUUCCCUUUUCUUUAUCUUUUUUUCCUCUUUUCUCACCUCCCCUCGCUCUCGGAAAGCUCGGCGUUCCUUGACAUUACCACCACUUACCAAGCCGUCGAAUACGGUAUCGCCACCGAUCAGCACCAGCAAUGUUUGGCGUGGAAGCUGUGGUGGAAGACGCAGAAUUCGGUGAAGGAUCCGUCGACGGCCGACAUCGAUUUGCUGGCGAUCAGACGGGCGGAAGUAUGGGUGCGCAACGAUCACGACGCGGUGAAGUACGGGGUGCCAGUCGAGUUACUCGCAAACUUCUCAGUUAGUGAAACAGAAUCGGAUUGAAAGUGUUGGAAUUGUUUGCAGACAAUCCGGAUCGUUUUCAAGAAUGUUUGCCGUCUUCUGCCGCGUGUCCUUCAGAUAUCCUCGCCUCUGGCCGCACGUAGAAGCCGAAUCAAUCUCGACGUCUUCUGUAAGACGUACAAUUAUUCGGAUCCAGAAGCCAGUGAACUCGUUCUCGCCAACUACGAAGAGGCGCAAACGAACGGCAUCGGCAUAGAUCAAUUUCUUUUUCUCGACCAUCACUCGGUGACGAUAGUGAUGCCGUCCGCGUGUAUUUCGAGUGAGAACGACGAGAAAGAGAUUGCCAAGCAGUAUUAUAUUGGUGAUUCGGAAAAGGGAAUCUCUUUUUGUAUACUGAUAACUUCAGAAAAGUAUGGAGACUUCUCAUUCAACGUCAGUAAUCUGAACAUUGAAAUGGACAAACUGCACGAGAUGGUUCACGACUUGAAACCGUUGGACGAGAUUAUGCAGUGAGUCAUUCAGAAUACAUUCUCGUCACAUUUAUUUUUUGAGUGAACAUUUGGAACUUGACUAUCAGCGCCCCCUCCCCUCUUCCACAAUCCUUCCGUUUCUUCGCAAGAUCCAAUACGACGCUCGUCAGCCGCCGACACUCCACGUCAGUGAUACGGUCACCGUCAAAGUGGGCAUAUCCGUACAGUCGAUGAGUAACUUCGAGCUGUCCACAAUGGUUUGACAUCUCUCUUUGAUCUGUUAUUGUUACCCUUCAGGACUAUGACCUGGACGCGUGGGUCCGGAUGUCUUGGAUCGACCCUCGGCUCCGUCACGAUCUCUCCCGUCCGAUUCUCGUCAACGACUACACUUUUCUCAAAAUGAUUUGGAGACCCGAUCCAAUAUUCACCAACUCCAAGUAUUCCACUUUCCACAAAGUCACUUACCUCAACUUCUAUCUGUUCAUCUUCCCCGACGGAAAGAUCUUCAUGGACAUAAGGGUGUACCUAAAGCCGACGGCAGCUCAAAUUGUGCUUUGCAAAUAUCCUCACGACAAUCCGGCAGUUUCACUCAAAAUCAGUUCUAGUUAGUUUUCCUUUUAUUACAAAAAUGGAGCAUUCUUUCAGUGGGUUUCACUCAAGACGUCGUGAAGCUCGAGUGGUUUUCGGCGCAUCACGAUGCUAUCCGAGUGAGCUUCGGCUUGAGUACGUCUCAGAAGUUUCCUGUUUCAGAUAGAGAAGAACGUGAAGAUUCCCGAGUUGACAAUCCGUCAUCUGCAUCCGGAUACGUGCAACGGGGUCCGCAAGUCGGGCGUCUACUCUUGUCUCGAAGCAAAGUUUUUCAUGCAUCGCGAGGUAGGAUAUCACAUUGCGAACACUUAUAUUCCGACGGCGAUCUGUGUCGUGUUCUCGUGGAUUUCAGUAUGGUUACCGGAAGAAUUCGUGGAAGGUAUCUAAAUAUGUGCACAAAACAGAGCAAAAAGCACGAGUCUUUGACAGGCCGAAUAUUCGUCUCGCUCACCGUGUUCCUCACGCUUUCCGCUGAAAACAACUCGGCGAAAGAGGAGCUGCCGAAAGUUUCGUAUGUGAAAGCGAUCGAUAUCUGGUUCGGGUUCACUUCCACUUUUGUGUUCCUCACUAUGCUCCAGGCACUCGUCGUCAUUUCUUUAGAGCACAAUAGCAAACGACUCGUAUGUUCUCAUUCACUCUUUCUCACAAUCAAACAAUUUUCAGAAGAAUAAAGUCGAGAAAAACCUUGACGGUUAUAGUAAGUAUCAAAUGACAAAAUCGAUGCUUCUCAGCCGCUAUUAUCAUCGAAUGGCACGUCAGAUUGACACACUUUGCAAAGUGAGAAUAUCACGCUCUACUCUAAUUUCAUUAAAUUUCAGGUAAUGUACCCAGUGAUCUUCCUUCUCUUUCUCAUGUUUUACUCGUUCGUCAUCACUCAGGGCGACGAAAAGAAGUGCAUUCAGAACUGA